AUGGCUCAAGUGGAGAAACAGAUCGUUGCCGCGCAGAAAUUUUUGCUGAAUGUGGUUGCGUUACCUACUUUUGAUGACUUGCGUGGCAAGCAAUUGAAGCGCUUGAUAGCGUUUCUUGGCAAGAAUGUGCUGAGUGUCGAGCAGUCCGCAGCUUUGAUGCCAAUCCUGGAUUGCAAUGUCUGGGGUUUGCACAUGGAGGAGUUGAAAACUUGUAUUGCUCAGCAAACUUGUUAUGAGAAUGACGAAUCCACAGCUGCUUCGCGUGCAGCGCUCCAGGAUUUCACCAACAUUCCACAUUAUUUGGGCCAAGACUGGUGGAAUUUGCUUGAAAGUGGAAAGGAUAAGGUGAGAAAUUUGGAGUCGCUGUGCGGCUUAGCUGCUUCUCUGGGCUUGAGGAAUGCGUCCGAACCAACGUACGCAGGUUUAUGUGCGUUGGCCUUUUGUGUGGGUGGCAUGCAGUUGCUGGAAGAAGACAAGUUGAAGCUGCUGACUUUGCAUAAGUCACGUAUGAAAAAGGUAUUCAGUAACGCAGUGCCGUUGGCUUCUGUCAUGGAUGUCUUGCCAAGUUCACCUGAAGAUUGUCCAAAGCAAUUUUUGAACGCGGCAUAUCCAAACGGAUUUGUUGCAGGGACUCCAGUGACAAAGGCAAUGGAUUAUAUCUGUCGGCUGGUUGCCACGUAUCCGUGUAGACGCCGCGGGAAGGUGGCGGCAGAGUUGAAAAGCGAACUGCUGACUCAACUGAAGGAAGAUUGCAAAGAUGGAUUCAUGAUUGAGACCAAAUCCGGUCCGCAGUUGGUGUUCAUCCGGUCCAUCGCAGUCUUCAUGGACGCAGAUGGUAUCAGGUUGACUCUCGGCAACAAGGGCUCGAGUGGGUUGGAACCUUGCUGGCUUUGCCAGAAUGUGGUGCGACUGCAGCACUUCGACUUGGCAGAAACCGUUCAUAUUUCAAACCCAGACGUCACGGAGCAUAAAACGCAUACAUUGGAAAGUCUUCGUGGCAUCCAAAGGUAUUUGCAGAGUAUUCCUUCAAGGUCCGCAAAAGAAAAAGCCGAAACUUUGCUUGGAUGGAACACCGAAGCAAUGGCUGAAACCUUUUUGCUGCAACCGGCUUUGGCAGAUUUGAUCGGCGUGGACAGAGUCUUAUAUGACCCUAUGCAUUGCUUUGUAGCCAAUGGUCUUUGCAAUCAAGAAUUGGGCUAUUGGUGGGAGGCAGUGACUACGAAGACUCAAAUCCGAUUGCAGCAGCUGCGCCAGUAUGCGACAACCUGCUGGAAAUAUGACGGAUCUCCGUCAGAAGUCUGUGGUGCCUUCACAGACAAGCAUUGGAUCAGAGGUAAAGAUUAUCGUGGAGACGCAGGUGACACUUUGGUGGUGCUACCAAUUUGUGCCGCUUUCUGCUCUGAAGUCUUGCAAGAUGAAGAAGAACUAAAAAAGGAAAAUGACAGUUUGCUUGCACUGCAUGCUGUCAUCUGCAGUUGGCUGCAAAGCAAACGCGGCGGUCUGCUAGACAUUGCGCGCUUGCAAAGUCAACAGACGAGGCAUGCAACCAAGUUCAUGGAAUGCUAUGGUCGAGAAUGGGCGCGGCCCAAGUUGCAUUUCUCAAGGCGCAAAGUGCACCCUAUAGUCGAGUGGAAUGUCACGGUGCCAUUAAAGAUGUCUGGCUGCUUCUCGGAUGAAAAAGAAGCGGAUCGACGCGUGGUCUUCGAAGGUUGGAACUUCCAGCAGCUGAACCUAGUGGUGGUGAUGGAGUACGAGGUCGAGAUGUGGUGCCUAGACCAAUGGGACUGCCACAGGCUGUGGAACCUGGUGCUCAACAGAUGGUGGGUGCUCAGCAAGCGACUGGACCUUUGCCAGGUGGUGGUCAAGGACGUGCUGCACCUGUGGUGGCUGGCCAGUUCCUAUGGGGAGCUGCUCAAGGCGUGGGUGGUGCGGUUGGCACUCAGCUGCAGGCCUUGGGUGAUGCACUUCGUCCUGGAGCUCAAGGUCAUCCUGGUGUAUGUCAAGGCGGUCCUUCUGGUCUACUUCCUCUACAAGGUCUUCCUGCUGGACGUCCUCAAGGCAGUGGAGCCGUUGCCGCCAUUGGUGGAGUUUAACCUGCCGCAGCAUCAGCUUCAAAGCCAGGAGUGA